AGGACGUUUGACUGGGGGUGGGGCUCUAGCAGCUCGGGACAGCAGGGACAUUCGAAUAUGUAGUUAUAUCAUAUUAGGUUAAACGUAUUUUAGUUCGUCUGACAGAUUGUGUUCAGUUAUUUGCUAUGGUGGAAUAACAAUCAAAGCGUUUUUGAUCAUCUCCUUAUCAUUAGCUUGCGGUUUUAGCAUGUCAUGACCUAACGUUAGCUUAAAAUGGGCAUGCUAAUAACACAGCCCUCAACACUGCAUAACUCAUAAAUACUAAUUUAUUUCAAUAUAAACGCGUAUUUCGACGACAUUCGCUAAGGUUGAUCCCCAAACGCACCGUAGCUAAAAUCACACAUGUUGUUAAAACGUGUAAGUAAAUAAUGUCUUAUUUCGAAAAGACGAACCAAACCGGAAGCUUUCGCUUAUUUUAGUAAACAUAAAAGACUGUAGUUGAGGAUGAUUCUUAUUAGUGCCGUGUAAUAAUGACUUAUGAGACAAGUCUUUUAAAAAUCGCCAACACAGAUAGUGGUCUAAAAACUAAAUAGUAAGAAAUUUUAUUUCAUUUUUUAAAUGUAAUUUUGAUGGCCAAUGUAGUUCAGGGUGCAAACUUUCUACAACGAGGGCCCCAUAUUACAUUUGAUUUUGUCAGGCUAUAUACUGAAAGACAAUGUUUGGUUAUUGACAGUUGUUAGUAUCAACAUUUCACCAUUUUCUCACUACAUUAUGUGGCUCAUUCUCCUGAAUGGGGAGCCAAAGGCUUAACAUAGGACGCAAAAAUUUGAGCAAUUUUACAAUUUGAACUAAUUUGCAUAUUACAAUAAAAAAACAAUUGUUCUGUUUCAGUUUAUGAAGAAAAAAAUCCAAUCCAUCCAUUAUACCGCUUAUCCUCAUUAGGGUUGCAGAGAUAUGCUGGAGCCUAUCCCAGCUGACUUCAGACGAGAAGCAAGGUACACCCUGGACUGGUUGCCAGCCAAUCACAGGGCACAUAUAGACAAACAACCAUUCACACUCACAUUCAUACCUAUGGACAAUUUGGAGUCGCCAAUUAGCCAAUUAACAUGCAUGUUUGUGGAAUGUGGGAGGAAACCGGAGUACCCGGAGAAAACCCACACAUGCACGGGGAGAACAUGCAAAAUCCACACAAACCCAAGCGGAGAAUCAAGCCCAAGUCUUCCUGAUCUCGAGACUGUGUGGCCAACAUGCUAACCACUCACCCCAUGAUUUAUACUUUGUAUGAGUAAAUAAUUAAGUCAACAGGUUAGAUUUUUUUUUUACAAAAUACAUGUUUUGAAUGUCGGGAAAUACGUUUGGAAUGCAAUCAGAGCAGCGUAAACUUGCGGCCUGGCAUGGUGAAACCAUGUCGCCUUCUCAGGCCAGUCACGCAGAUCCAGGAAAGGUCCCUGGUUCACCAGGACGGUUUACCCAAACUGCCUGUGCCGCCCUUGAAGCAGACAUGUGAUCACUACCUGGCCGCUUUGGAACCUAUUGUCAGUGAAGAGGAGCUGGAACACACCCGAAAGCUGCUGGAGGAGUUCCUCAAGGGUGGGGUUGGAGAACGUCUGCAGAAGGGACUGCAGCGACGAGCCCGAAAGACGGACAAUUGGUUGUCUGACUGGUGGAUGCAGUCAGCCUAUUUGGACUGUCGGAUGCCAGUGGCUGUGUACACGAGUCCUGGUGUGGUCCUGCCUCGCAUGCACUUUCAAGAUCGCCAAGGACAGAUGAGGUUUGCAGCUAAACUGAUUGCAGGAGUGUUGCAGUUUAAAAAAAUGAUUGACAGUGAGACGCUACCCGUCGAGUAUCUGAGCAAGAAGCCACUUUGCAUGGACCAGUAUUACCAGAUCCUGUCCUCCUGCCGUAUCCCUGGACCAAAGAGAGACACUGUUGUAAAUCACGCCAUGGGGAAAACGCCUCCCACGCACAUCACUGUAGUUCAUAACUUCCAGUUUUUUGUCCUGGAUGUGUACAACAGCGACGGUAGUCCUCUGACAGUGGAUCAGAUUUACAUGCAACUGGAAAAAAUUUGGAACACCUCUUUACAGACCAACAAGGAGCCUAUUGGUAUCCUAACAUCACAGCACCGCAACACUUGGGGAAAAGCAUACAAUAAUCUGAUUAAGGAUAAAACAAAUAAGGAGUCAGUACGUGCAAUCCAAAAAAGUAUUUUCACUGUAUGUUUGGAUGCGCCCAUGCCCCGCGUGUCAGAUGAGCUGUACCAGAGCCGCGUGGCUGCACAGAUGCUGCAUGGAGGCGGGGCUCGCUGGAACAGUGGCAACCGCUGGUUUGACAAGACGUUACAGUUUAUUGUUGGUGAAGACGGUACAUGUGGACUGGUGUAUGAGCAUGCACCCGCAGAAGGCCCACCUAUUGUGUUUCUCAUUGAUUACGUUGUUAAGUAUAUGCAGAAGACUGAAAUAGUCCGCUCCCCAAUGGUGCCUCUGGUCAUGCCUCAGAAGCUGCGUUUCAACAUUACACCUGAGGUCAAGCGAGACAUUGAAAAAGCAAAACAAAAUAUGAAUAUAAUGGUGCACGACCUAGAUGUUAAUGUGCUUUUGUUCUCUCAUUAUGGAAAAAAUGUGCCAAAACAACAUAAAGUGAGUCCAGAUGCUUUCAUUCAAAUGGCACUUCAGCUUGCCUAUUUUAGGAUGUACAAUGCAUGUUGCCCGACGUAUGAGAGUGCGUCGUUACGAAUGUUCAAAUAUGGACGAACUGACGCAAUACGUGUGACUACCAUGGACUCGUUAAAAUUUGUCCAAGCCAUGGAGGACCCAACGAAACAGAACACAGAGAGGCUGGCACUGUUGCAGAAGGCCGCUGAGACACAUAAGGAGAACACAUACAAUGCCAUUCAUGGACAAGCCGUAGACAGACAUCUUCUGGGAUUGAAGAUGCAGGGUAUUGAAGAUCUGACUUCUAUGCCUGAGAUUUUCAUGGACACCUCUUUUGCUGUGGCUCACCAUUACAAUCUUUCCACAAGCCAGGUUGGUUCCAAGACCGACUGUGUGAUGUGCUUCGGUCCAAUGGUGCCAGAUGGCUAUGGAGUGUGUUACAAUCCCAUGGAUGAGCACAUCAACAUCGCUAUCACAGCCUUCAACAGCUGUGAGGAGACAAACGCAGCCAAGUUUGCACAAACUGUAAAUGGUGCUCUGUUGGACAUGAGAGCUCUUCUGGAAGACACAGCAACAGCCAAGCAGUGAACCCUUGCAUGAGACCCUGGUGUUUUAUAUGGGAACUGGAAAUCAACCAGCACCGACGUUGUGCCAGUACUUUAUGCCUCACUGACAUGGACAGGCAAUGAAUGCACUGAGGGUGUUGGUGUAAACUACUACUACUGCUGUAUGUAAAGUUUCCAAGGAUCGGACACUUGACUGUUGAUGCAGGGACUUUGAAAUGAAACACCUCUUGCUGCAUGUAAAUUCUAUAUUUUGUUACAUGGUGUUGAAUACAUAUAUAAAAAACACUACAUGAACAAAAA